UGGGGUUUGGCCGCCCGCCGGCCUCUCGCGCCCCGCCGCUUCGAACUGCUCUACAUGGCUUAAAUGGACAUCAAAGUAUGUUUCUCAGCUGGAAUAUACAUCCCCUAACGAUCUGAUCCUUGGUGAACUAUCUACAAGGAAAGAAAGAACACGGUCUGCUUUUUACAGUUUGGGUCCUGCACAGAAGACCUGGAAUGUGAAAGGAUAAGGAUCUGUCUUUGUUGAAGCCAUAGUGGAAGAAAUUUCCAAGCACCGUGAAUAGGGAAAAGAAAUACCCAGCUCUGCCUUUUUUUAAGCCUGUCUGGGAAAAACGAAUCUUCUUCCCCUGUGGACAGAGGUACUGCAGUUGUAGGUAUAGCCUAGGCCCCAGGUGGUGAGCAGCCCCGAGAGGACUAGCAGCAGCCUGUCUGUGUUGCCUUAGCUUUCCCCCCACGUCGUGCUCCACCAGCACCAAGAUGGUCACCGUCAGGAAAAGGAACGUGAAGGUCUUCACAUUCGCCUUCGUGCUCAUCACAGUGACGUCGUUCCUGCUGAACUACAAGCAGCAGGUGACCAUGACCACUUGGGAUCCUAGAUACAUCAUCACUCAGUUUUCUGAGCAAGUCCGAAAACUCAUCAAAUUUCCUAGGAGGCCGUGUAGCUGUAGCACCUGUAUUUCCGAGCUGGGACAUUCCCUCUGGUUCGACCAGAGGUUUAACUCAACUAUGCAACCUUUCCUGACCUCACAAAAUGCCUUGAUCCCAGAGGACAACUACAGGUGGUGGCUGAAACUGCAAGGAGAGAAAUCUCCGAAGAAUAUUAAUGAUACUCUCAAGGAAUUGUUUGGGAUCAUUCCUGGGGACGGGGACCCACUGCAAGAGCGGGGCACUUUCUCAUGCAGACGGUGUGCCGUCGUGGGCAACUCCGGCAACCUUCGUCAGUCUCAGUAUGGCCAAGAUAUUGACUCCCAUGACUUUGUGCUCAGAAUGAACCGGGCACCCACCAUUGGUUACGAAUCAGAUGUUGGGAGCAAGACCACCCACCACUUUGUUUAUCCUGAGAGCUACAGAGAGUUGGCAGAAAAUGUGAGCAUGAUCGUGAUCCCCUUCAAAACCCUGGACCUGCGCUGGAUUGUCACCGCUCUCACCACAGGCACUAUCAACUUCACAUAUGUUCCUGUUCCACGGAAGAUCAAAGUCAAAAAGGAAAAGAUCCUGAUUUACAAUCCAUCUUUUAUCAAAUACGUCUAUGAAAACUGGCUUCAGAAUCAUGGGAGAUACCCUUCCACAGGCCUUCUUUCUGUGAUAUUUGCACUCCAUGUAUGCGAUGAGGUGAAUGUGUAUGGUUUUGGAGCAGACAGCAGAGGACACUGGCAUCACUACUGGGAAAACAACGCUUCAGCUGGGGCUUUCCGACAGACAGAUGUCAGUAAUGGGAACAUUUCAUUACUAUUCCAGUCAUUUUCAGAAAGGUAUGGAAGAGAGUUGUGGCUUGGUACUAUUUCCCAUUGAUUAUUUUACUACAAGUGGCAGCUUGCAGUCAAGAAAAGUGAUAUUAAAAAAAAAAAAAUCAGCUAUCUUCUAGCCCGUAUUAUUUUAAAAAGUUUCCUGUUGCUGCUCAAUUAAAUUUCCAACUUUUCCCUGGAUAUUCUGCUUCUGACAGCACAUACAAAGCUCUUGGCUCGUACUGUUCUGGAUAGUUUUAAAGUCUUCAUGUGACAACCUGCAAUUUGCGUUUUUCUUGCCAACUGCAGGUAGUAAUAUGUACCACUGAGGUCCAUUUUUCAGAGCAGGAGGAGAGCAGAGGGUGGACCUUACAAGCUGUAGGAUGAAGGAUAGUCCACACCAUUGCAUUUCUGUUCCAGAGGAACUUUCUGUUGAGUCCUGUAUGUGACUGACUGAUCAUCAUUCAAAUGCCUUCGGAAUAAAGAGGUACCAACAGAUGAUGCUGGAAGAAGAAUUCAUUCCCACUGUCAAUGGAAGACUGUCUGUCUUUCUGCUAUAAAUUUUCUAGUUUUAUUUUGUUUAAAAGAAGUUGCUAAAUCAACAUGUCGAGACAUCAAACUCUUGAACUGUGUUUACCACCCCUGAAAAUUCUCUGAAGCACUCCUUGAGUGUGUUGUGUUCUUAACCAAAGCCAAAUGUCUUGAGCACUUUUUUUCUCUCAUGAACACAUUUUCUUCCAACUUUUUCUGGCUACAUAAUUGAAUAUGAUAAUCAUUUUCUUGUUGUUUUGUUUCGUUUGCUGUGUUGGUGGGCAGUCUCAAUCAUUCUUUGAUGUUUUAUUUAUUUAAUUUUUCAGUAUGAUAUGAAUCAAAAUAAAUUUUUUACUGUUAUCAAG